AUGACAGAGCACCCCGAGGCUGAAAUUCAGGCCAGUGCUGCCAGCUUGUCCCCCGUAUCCCCAUCGCCCUUGCAUACAGCCUCGCCGCUCGUGGUGCCCACCCUCCAAGACACCGUCGAUACGAUUGACGCCAUGGUCGCCGCGGCUGCUGCCACCAACGGCCAGGUCGCGGUCGCAGACCUCAACACCAGCAGUGUCCCCGAGACCCAGGAGCACAAGGCUGGCGCCCACGAUGCCGCCGACGAAGACGUUGUAGACGACGACGAUGACCCUUAUGGCGAUGAGGCUGCCGAGGAGCUCGCCAACAAUACUGCGCCAGCCCAAGCACAGCCAGCCCAAGAUGAUGGCAACGAUGAUGACUACGCCAACACAUUUGACUCGCCCAUAAACCCGGAAGAAGGCGCCGAGGACGAACAGCAGCCAGAGGACGUCGCGCGCGCACAACAUCAAGGGGACUUGGGCGCCCACAAGCCCGUGCCCAAAGACACCCAGUCGAGAGAUGUGAGUGCCUCCGCUGAGAAGGCCGAGCACGAAGCUGCCCAGACCAGCAACGAGCAGCCUACGGCAGCAGAUGUUGCCAUUGAUCAGCUGGUGGCUGAUAUCACUGCCCAACAACACCCCACCACAAGCACUACUACUAGCCAUGACAACCCAACUGCCCCAGCACCCACGGAAACUGAACAACAGGACUCACAGCCUUCUAUGCCAACAUCUGCUGCGCUCCCAUCCGCAGCCUCUCUUCCUCCCCGUCCGCCCCAGCCAGCUGCUCCCGGCAAUUCUCUUCCCUCCCAGCACCAUCCAGGUGCGCCAGCUCCUGCUACUGAGGAUCAGGAACCCGCUGCAGAAGCCCCUGCUACCGGCACAACCUCCGAAGAUGAUUAUCAGCGUAAUUGGGAACGCUUCCUCGCCGAUGAGAGACAGUACAUGACCGAAGCACAGUGGGACAGAUUUCCCGAAGGCUCCAGGAUUUUCAUUGGCAAUCUUUCGAGUGACAAGGUGUCUAAGCGUGAUGUUUUUGACAUUUUCUACCGGUUCGGUAGACUUGCGCAGAUCUCGCUCAAGUCUGCGUAUGGUUUCGUGCAGUAUCACACUGUUCAAGAAGGGUCUAGCGCCCUUCAACACCUAGAGGGUUACGAGGUCAAGGGACGACGAAUUCACCUUGAAAUCUCCAAAUUGCAGGACAAGGGCAAGAAGAACGACCGACGGAGUCCUGACCGCGACCGCGGUGGACGCGACUCUCGUCGCAAUGGUAGGCAUGAGAACCGGGGACGCAACCACUCUCCCCGUCGCGGCAACUACAGCGACGGCUACGGGCGGGACGGUGGCUAUGGUGAUCGUCGCAACCGGUCCCGAUCCCCUGAAUACGGACGACAUGGCAACGCUCAUCGGCAGCGCAGCCCCAUGGGCUAUGGUCAUCGAUCAUCUGGCUCCGGACCCGACAUGCCCCAGAGGCGCUUUGGUCCUGACGUGCCCGACGUCCAGCUCUUGCUUUCCCCCGGCUUGAAUCCUGACUUCAUCGCCUGGGUCGAGCAGCCCUUCAAGGACAAGGGUCUGGCCGUCAAGAGCAUGUACAUCGACCCGCGUGCUGGUGGCAAGGACCAGAUCAUACAGCAGCAGGCAGCCGAUGGCGUGCAUGCCGUCAUUGAGCUCGACAUGCGCGCACAAAACAUGGGGAAAGUUCCUGCGCUGGCUUUCGACCGAUCCAACGGCAAUGCCAAUGUUCGCUUCGAUCAGUAUGCCGACCUUGAGCCGCACGUUGUCGCCGCCGUCGUCCUCGACAAGAAGUCAUCUCAUGCGCGCCAAGGAUACCAGCCGCCGCCGUACGCUGCUCCUCAAGGCUACGGACAGCAGCCCUACGUUGGCCAUCAGCCGCAGCCGCAGCAACCUCCACCGGCUGCUGGUAACUACUACGGAGCGCCUCCCCAAGCGUACCCGGCCCAGCCACACGCAUUUCCACCACAGGCCCCUGCCCACCAAGCCGCACCCUCUCAAGGCGAUCUUGCCGCCAUCAUGGGGAAGCUGGAUCCAGCGACACUUCAGCAGGUCAUCGCUGCAGCCUCUGGUUCAGGUCCUGGCUCGACAGACGUUGGGGCCAUUCUGGGCGCGCUGAAUAGCCAGCAGCAAGCCCACCAUCCUCAAGCGCCUCAACAUGCGCACUACCAGACGCAGCUCCCUCCUCAGCAGCAGUACGGCGCUCCGUACGGCGGACAAUCUGCGCAGUCCGGGGAUAGCGCAGCCCAGGUGCAGAACAUCAUGGCACAGCUUGCCAAGUAUAGGUAG